AUGCAAUUAUUGCUGAGAAACGCCAAUCAAUGCUUUGACAUUCGCCAAAGUAAAAAAUCUGAAGAAAAUACAUUCGAAUAUAAUAUAGAAAUAGAUGAUGACAAGGGCGACAGUUCCAUACAACAGAUCAGCAGAAAUAUUGGUGAUGGCGUUGUUUCUUUGCAUCAGAUCAGCCGAAACAACGACAUAAUCUCCUGUUUUUCCAAUACUGCAAAAAAAAGAAAACCCGACUCUCUGGAGUCAUUUUGUGGGCCGCUUGAGAAACAAAACAAUCAUGCCAAUGAACGCAUUUUGGAGGUUUUAAUUGAUGUGUCGCGUGAGCUAUCGAAAGAGUACAACAGAAACGCAUUGGCUCAAUGGGCUUACGAGACCAACGUAAGUAGUACCACAAAACUAUUGUCGAUGAGGGCAUUGCUUAGAGCGUCUAAGGCUGAAAAAAGGCUUAUUGCAAAAUUAAAUAGAACUCUAUGCGAAUUUGAUUUGAAGGACGCAUGCCCUGAUGUUCAACGUCAAGUUGCUUUUCUUCUGAAGGAGGGACCGUCAGCAUUGUCCGAAGAAAAAUUUGAAAAGCUUGAUAACAUUCUGAAGACCUUUGAAAAUAUAUAUGGAACUGCUACAGUGUGCAACUACAAAGAUGACACCAGAUGUGGACUAAAAUUAGAACCAGAGUUGACUGAACGAAUGGCCAACAGUCGCAACCCGGACGAACUCCUAUACUUCUGGACCGCCUGGAGGAACGCAACUGGUCGAAAAAUGCGGAAGUAUUAUUCGGAAUAUGUCGAACUGAUGAACGAGGCAUCAUAUUUGAACAGUCAGUUCAUUUACCAAUCUUUCGACCGGCUGACCGAAAUCGACCCACUUCUUCCAGAUGAAAUAAACCAGAUUGCUAAAAUACUCUGGGAACAAGUGGAGCCUUUGUAUAAGCAAUUGCACGCUUACGUCCGGUACAAAUUGCGAAACAUCUACGGAGAAACAUUGAUACCGGUCCGGGGAUGCAUUCCGGCUCAUCUUUUGGGAAAUAUGUGGGCGCAGACUUGGACAAAUCUAUUUAAUGAAACCAUGCCGUAUCCGGAAAAUAAAUUGCCGGAUAUAACGGCGGCUAUGAGGAAAAAGGGUUAUACGCCGAAAAAAAUGUUUCGUAUAGCCGAACAUUUUUUCCUAUCAUUAAAUAUGUCCGCAAUGCCGACAUCAUUCUGGAGAAAUUCUGUCAUUACUCGUCCGAGCGAGGAUGUAAACAUAUCAUGUCACCCCUCAGCCUGGGACAUGUUUGACGGGAAAGACUUCAGGAUAAAAAUGUGUACAGAAGUCACGUAUGAGAAUUUCGUGACGAUUUAUCACGAAAUGGGCCACGUUCAAUAUUACCUUGAGUAUAAGAAUCUACCUUUGCCCUACCGCAAAGGUGCAAAUCCUGGAUUUCAUGAAGCCAUAGGUGACACCAUAGCUCUGUCAGUAAUGACAAUGUGUUACCUCAAAAAAAUUGGUCUAGCGGAAAAAGCCAAACAUUUCAAAAACGCUCAACACGACAAAAAUCACAAAAUCUUUGGUGAUUCUGCCCGAAAAAUCAUCGAAAAAGAUCUAAAUUUCGAAGAAAAAACUGAUGAUAAUGAUGAUGAAGAUGAAGAUUUUAGAAAAAGUUCUGUCAAAGAUUUGGGGCCUUGCGAUAAAAAGGACAUGAACUUUCUCAUGAGGAUGGCUUUGGAAAAGGUUGCUUUUUUGCCUUUUGGGUAUAUUGUCGAUCUUUGGAGAUCGGACGUUUCUGGAGGGAUGAUCUCUGAACGAGACUAUAAUGAACAUUGGUGGAAACUAAGAGGUAAAUAUCAAGGAAUUUGCCCACCUUUGCAGAGGAGUGAAGAGGACUUUGAUCCUGGAGCAAAAUACCACAUUGCGGCAGGAGUUCCAUACUUGAGAUAUUUUAUCAGUACGAUAAUACAAUUUCAGUUUUAUAGCGCCCUUUGCCAACGUGCGGGUCAGUAUGUAGAAACUGAAUACGAGGACGACGAAACGGAUGGCAGUCCAUUUUUACAUCGUUGCAGUAUUUAUGGAUGUCCUGCUGUAGGAGAACAACUUAAAGAAGCUCUAUCCCUGGGCAGCUCUCGUCCCUGGCCCGAGGUGAUGAAGAUUUUGGCGAACGACGAUACCAUGGACGCCACUGCUCUAUUGAAAUACUUUGAGCCUCUUCACAAAUAUUUAGAGCAGGAAAAUGAACGAAACAAAGAAGAAAUCGGUUGGGAUCAAUCUGUACCCUGUUCGACAAAACUGUAA